CAUGCAUCUCCGCGCCCCGUGGAUGUCCUCCUUUGUCAUAAUGCAUACAUUGUAUAUAGACUCCCGAAUAAAAGCAAAGUCCAGCCCCGCAAUGGCAAAGUCAUGUCCACAUCUCCACUUCGCGUCCUCGUGUCUGCUUUCUUUCCACUUUGUGAAAUCAUCCUAAGGGAAAUACCUUACAGCGAGAACAACGUGGAGACAAUUGAAGGUUACAAUGGCUUCUACAGUAUCGCCGGAUAGGCUGGAUUCGGAGCACUUUUCACCGUAUCGGCCUGAUGGGAAGUUGUAUGGUUUUGUCUGCGUCGUCACGGGCGCCGAGCAGCCUAUCGGAAGGGCUAUUGUGAACGAGCUGGCUGCCCACGGCGCCGCCUGCAUCUACGCCUGCACCACCACCACAACCACCAACACCUCUCCCACCCCCUCCUCCCCAACCUCACUCUUCACCCAAACCACAACCCUCCACCCCUCCACAAAAAUCAUCCCCUACCCCCUCCCCCCACAAACCGAAGAAACCACCCUCGCCCUCAUCGACGAAUGCCUCAACACCUUCGGCCGCCUCGACAUCUGGGUCCUGUCCCCAGGCCUCCUAGGCCCCCCCUCCAUAACCACAACCUCCCCUGCAGACCUGCACUCGACCUUCUCCACCAACGCGCUGCCCGCCUUCUGGGCCCUGAAGUGGGCCCCCGCCGCCAUGCAGAAGAAAUGCGACAAGGGCAAAUACCCGAACGCGGCGCCCAAGGAUCAGAGUUACGGCAGCAUCAUCGUCGUGACGAGCGUGGCGGGCACGUACGGUGGGUGUUGGGGUCCCGCGUUUACGAUGAGUGCGCAUGCGGCGCUCGGGGUCGUGAGGGCCGGUGUCGCGGUGCUCAAGGGCACGGGCGUGAGGAUUAAUGCUAUUACGGCGGGCCAGAUUGAUGUAGGCGUCGAUUUGAGGGGUGUAGAGGGCGGGAAGCACCAGCAGUUCCCGCCUGCGAGUUUACAGAGCGAGGAUGUGCAGAGGACGAUUAUUGGGUUGGAGAGGGCGGGGAGGCCAGAGGAGGUGGCGAGGGUGGCCGGGUUUUUGGCAAGUGGGUUUAGUAGUUAUAUCACUGGGGCGGAGCUGAGGGCGGAUGGCGGCAGCAGCGUGAUGAAUCCGCUUAGUGUGCCAGUGUAGGUGAGGUUGAAGGAAUGGCUACGAGACCCGUAGCACGCGGGGGGAGGAGGUGUUUGAGCGUAUGUAAUGCAAUUCUUGCCAUAUGUCAAGCCCCGUCCUUGUGACGCUCAUAGUUCAUCUUUGUACACCUCUUCACUUCCCUCCUGUGCCUCUUCUGGCUCCUCCUUCCCUUGCUUCCCCUUCUUCUUCGUGCUCUUCUUCUCUGCGCCCUUCUCAGCCUCUUUCCCAGCUCCUUUCCCCUUCUUAGCCGACCCACUCCCAGGUUUCUGCUCUCCCUUUGGUUCCUCAUCUUCCUCCUC